UGUCGUCUUGAGACGCAGGCGAACCAAGCACUUCCAUUGACAUUUGAUGCACCAAGGAAGGUCCAAUUGGCAGCGGGGAGAGGACCCUUCUUUUGUGCCCUGGUCUUGGCGUGUUUUCUGUUGGAACAAUUUUCUCCCAGCAGCGGACUUGAUUUCAACAACCUCGAUCCCAUCCUAUCCUCCACUCACUCAUCUCUCCUCCUACGUUAGGCUCGCUCGUCACUCAUUUACUCGCUCAUGCCCUCCUCCCGCCCGUCCCUAGGCAGAUAUCAACCUGGAUGUGGAAUUCCAGCCGCUCGCUCUUCUCCUAAUACCUUCGUUUGAUGUUGUUUGUUGUCUUAAGAAUAUCCACCAGUUGAUGUCAUCGGUGGACUGCUUUAUGCAUUCCUAUCCCCUCACGGCAAUCCCGACAAUCCCGACAAUCCCAUUCCCAUUCGCGUCUCUUUGUCCCCUGGAACCAUUGCGGGUUCGAGAUUGGCUUCGUUGUGUCGUACUAACACCUCAACACAACCCCACAUUCCUCACGACCCAACCUUCGCUGUCCAUCACACAGGUCCAAGUCUGCCACGGCUUGGAAUUCUGACUGCAAUAUGUCAUUAAGGUCACCGCUCUCCCCACGGCAGCAGGGCUUUGCGCCUCUAUCAAACCAACCCAGUGCUUCAGAUAUGCAGGACAUACCACUCCGCCAAAUUCGCAGCAACGCGAGCUCGACGACGGGCGCACGCAGAGCCGACAUGGAGCCCAUCAGCGAGAAGAAUGUGCUCUUCAACGAGGCGGUGGGCACUCCGGCCGGUAGACGACGAAUCAAGAAGGACCUCAUGCGCACGGGAUCGAGCAACCUCAGCGAGGAGGCCUCUCUCAAUGCAAUGGGUCGGUUCUAUAACAAGAUCGUCAGCUUCUCUGUCGUCACGCGCUACCUCGUCUACAUCGUUCCUGUCGCCAUAAUCCUCGCCAUCCCCCUCUUAAUCAUUCCGUUCACUGGCAAUACCUCUACCGAACUCGAGGGUCAGAACUUGCUCUGGUUCUUCAUCUGGCUUGAGAUAGCAUGGCUGAGCAUCUGGGUGGCAAAGCUGGUUGCGCAUGUCAUCCCAGUCGUCUUUAUGUUCUUCUGUGGAGUGAUCAGCUCGGGCACCAGGAAAUACGCUACCGUUUUGCGCGCUCUUGAAAUCCCGCUCUCGCUCUUCUUAUGGGGACUGGCUUCGUGGCUCACCUUCAAGUUCAUGCUUUCGGACAGAAACAAUGGGGUCAAGUGGACAGACAUCGUUCAGAGGAUCUUGCUGUCACUGUUCCUUGCUUCGGCCGUCCUUCUUGCAGAGAAGGCCAUUGUUCAGCUCAUCAGUAUCUCUUACCACCAGAGGUCGUUCGCCAACCGCAUCAAGGAUUCCAAGCGUGAAAUCUACAUCCUCGGCCUCAUGUAUGAGGCUUCACGCACGCUCUUCCCCAUGUACUGUCAGGAGUUUGCCGACGAGGACUAUAUCAUUAAUGAUAGUAUCGAUGUUAUCCUCACCGGUGGCAGGCCGAAUGGGAAAGGCGUUGCUGCUGCGCCCAUGAAGCUCGUUGGAGAAGUCGGGCGAUUUGGCGACAAGAUCACGUCUGUCUUUGGAAAUAUUGCCUCCGAAAUCACCGGAAAGCAAGUCUUCAACCCCAACUCAGCACACUCCAUCGUCGUCGAGGCUCUCGAGAAGGUCCGAAGCUCCGAGGCCAUGGCUCGCCGCAUCUGGAUGUCGUUUGUGGUGGAAGGAAAGGACUCGUUGUCCAUGGACGACAUUGUCGAGGUUAUGGGACCUGCUCAUCGAGAGGAAGCCGAGGAAUGCUUCCACGCUAUUGACGCCGAUGAGAAUGGUGACAUCAGCCUCGACGAAAUGGUCCGGAAGGUUGUCGAGAUCGGAAAGGAAAGAAAGGCAAUCGCCAACAGCAUGAAGGAUAUCAGCCAAGCAUUGACGGUGUUCGAUAAGGUCCUGCUCUUCGUUGUUCUGAUCAUUGUGAUUAUCAUCUUUUUGGCUGUCUUCCAAAGCAGCUUCAUUGCCACUCUCACCACCGCUGGGACCACGCUGCUAUCUCUGUCGUUUGUCUUUGCUGUCACAACACAGGAAUUCUUGGGUUCCUGCAUUUUCCUCUUCGUCAAGCACCCUUACGACGUCGGCGACCGUGUCGACAUCCAGGGACCUGAGAAGCAGCAGCUCAUUGUCGAGAAGAUCUCGCUGCUCUACACCGUCUUCACCCGUAUCGACAAGAUGCAAGUCGUCCAGGUGCCCAACAUCGCCCUCAACAAUCUGUGGGUUGAGAACGUUACCAGAAGCAAGGCCAUGAAGGAAGUGAUUGAUGUCAAUGUCUCAUUUGACACAUCAUUCGAGGACAUUGAACUGCUGCGUGCCGAGAUGGAGAAGUUUGUGCGCUCGCCCGAGAACAGCCGCGAUUUCCAGCCUGAUAUCGGCAUCGGCGUUGGUGGUAUUGGUGACCUUGACAAGUUGACGCUUAAGGUUGCGAUCAAACACAAGUCCAACUGGCACAACGACACCGUCCGCGCUACCCGUCGCUCCAAGUUUAUGUGCGCCCUCACUUUGGCGCUCAAGAAGGUACCAAUCUAUGCUCCUGGCGGCGGUGGUGAGGCUCUGGGUGGUCCCAAGAACCCAGCAUACAGCGUCGCUGUGACGGACGAGUAUGCCAUCUCUGCUCGUGCCCAGGCCGAUAAGGAGAAGGAAGCGAAGAGAAUGGAUUACGCGGAUCCAGAGAAGCAAGCCGAGAAUGCUAGUGAGCAAAAGGCAGCCGACCAUUUCAACACGACUAAUCCCGCUGUGGACGCUCUUGAUGACUGGGGCUACGAAGAGACCCUUAGUGGCCGGGACGCUUCUACCGUCCGCCCUAGCACCUCUAACGGACCUAGUUCACGAUCCGAGCUCCUUCUUGGUACCCGCGAAUCUCAGCGUGGUCGUCGCAGGGCGGGCGAGACAGUGCCCAUGACUCUCGGCGACGCCAGCACGCCUGGGGUCCAGCUCACCAGGGCCCCCACAACAAGUACCCGUGGUGGCCCGUCCUUUGACGUGGAGAGACAAGCGGGCGUAGAUGCUCCUGCCGGCUCUCCAUACACCACCUGGACCGCCUACAACUCACAGACUGGACAACAGCAAGGCGUUUCUCAGCCAUAUUCCCCUCCGCAACAAUCCGCGAAUCUGACCGUUCAAGCACCACCACGCCCUGGGCAAAGUCCAGCUGGUGCUAGGCCAAGAGGCGCCAGCGUCAGCAACCGCCCCCAGGCUCCGACAGGUGAUGGAAGGCCCCUUAGCGGAGGACAAUCCAGCGGUGGACCUCCUCCCCCUCCAAGUGCGCCUGGUCCGUCGUCAGCUAGAUACUAGGCGGGGCUGCCGGGGACACCAAUGGUGUAUCCUGUAGGCACGACUACCACCACGAUUCACGAGGAAACAAGUAGUCAAAAGGAGAACGACCAAAGCACCAGCAAGGCGGACAUUAGCAAUAAUGACAACGGAACCACCACACAGUAAAUAUCAGAAAGUAGGGAUUGGUUGAUAAAAACAAGUCUUGGGACAGUCGGCAAGGUCGGGGUUCAGUAAAGCAACGGUGACGGCGUUUUUUCUUUGGGUGAUUGUAAUGAUGGAUGAGUAUGAGACGGGACACGCCGAACAUAUUACUCGCUUCAGCCAACAAAAAAAUUUUCGGUUGUUCAGCAACAAUCCUUUUUCUUCUCUGGGGAAGGUUGGGGGAAGUAAAAAAGGGUGAGCCAGAGCGGCAAUACCCCGCCAAUAUAUGCAUGCAUGCACGGCAUUGGGUUUGCAUUUUCUCUUUUUUUGUCAUCACUCGCAUACAUAGAUGUACAUUGCAUUCUGGCCUGACCGCAAGGAUUGGAGUGUGUAGAGAUUAGAGGACACAGUAGUUUUUCUAUGGUUUGUAGUACUUUGGUAGUAGAGAUUGCUUACUAUGUAUGGUUAAGGUGAAUAGAUAUUUUGAAGAGCG